AAGAACGAAUCCUACACCGCUACUGCAGUGAUUGGCAGUCGUUUGUCCAACCCUUUUUCCUUUCAUCUUCCAUGAGAUCACAAUGUACCACAAACACUUUUACGGACUGUUAGAUAUAAUCAAAGCAAGGAUUAUGGCUUCAGACGGGAUGGAAUUGCUAAUUGGUAAUCGAGCUGAAUCAGCAGAGCGUCCGCAACAGGGCCGCAUGUCAAGGAACACCCCGCUUAACAUGAACCAUUACGCCAACAAGAAGAGCGCAGCAGAGAGCAUGCUGGAUAUAGCGCUGCUGAUGGCCAAUGCGUCCCAGCUGAAGACGGUGCUGGAGCUCGGACCCACCUUCUCCUUUUACAUCCCCCUCAUCACCCUCAUCAGCAUCUCCCUCACACUGCAGAUCAUCGUGGGCAUCCUGCUCAUCUUCAUAGUGAAGUGGAAUCUGAACGACUCAAGUAAACAUUACAUACUGAAUCUCCUGGAGAACAUCGUCACCGCUCUCGUCUUCAUCGUUGUAGUAGUCAAUGUUUUCAUCACAGCUUUUGGUGUCCAAAGACCAGACGACAAGACAUCGUAACCUGCAACACCUCUGGACAUUAUUAAUACUCAGAAAAAACACACUCAAAUGUGCCUCAAUGUAAAUAUUCUCAUUCGGAAAACCUUAUUUUGAGUCCUAGAAAUGAGGCAAUAAGAGCUGAAAUAUAACAAUUGUGAAUCCCACUGUAAAUUUUAGCGAACGCAAAUGUAAUGGCACAUAAUUAUUAUAUGGGGAAUCGUUAGCUUUAAAUUUACAUAUAAGAAUUCACAAAGUAUCAAAUAUUCUGUUACUGCAGGACUGAAAAUAAUUCGUAAAGACAAAAAAAGGUCCAUUCGAUACCUUUAACUGUGAAAGCCUCAAAGAAAUUCGUAACUAUUUCACUAGAAUUUCUCUGGGUGUUAUGAAGUGUUUAUUCACCCUUACAGAUUUUAAGGCCAGUAUAAAUAUGUAAACGUCCAAAGAUAUGUUUGCGUGAAUCUUGCUUUGUUAAGAAAAGAUACAAAUAAGUAAUAAUUAUAAUUAUAAGUAAGUUUAUGCUUAAAAACAGAACAAAUAUCAGUCUUGAAGCCUUAAAUUUAAUUUAUCUUCAUCAAAGCUGCAGAAAACCUGUUUCUGUUUUGGUAAAUUAAAGGCAAACUCAGGGCCAUUAUUCUGUUAAUCAGUGUUGGGGAAAGUUUCUUUUGAAAGUAAUGCAUUACAAUAUUGAGUUACUCUCCAAAAAAGUAACUAGUUGCGUUACUUAGUUACUUUUUAUGGUAAGUAAUGCAUUGAGGUACUUUUGCGUUACUUUUCCUUACCUGACUGAGGCUUGAUCUCUUUCAGAAAUUGCAGGGAUUUAUUUUCUUCUUUUUUUAAAUAGAGGAGCUCUGCAAUUAACAACGAACUGCAUAACCUUCAUUUACCAUUUAAAACACACACACAUACACAAAAAAAGUAUUUAAGAUAAUGUUAUCUUCUGAGAACUUCAAUUAUCCUAGAGCUAUACAUGCCGUAUAUAUGGAUUAAUGAAAGCGUAAAGCCAUGUGUUUGCUCCUUUUGUACUUUUUGUCUUUAGUUCUUAUUAAUCCCUUUUCUUCAUUGAUGCGGUUAAAAUCAUGUGAAGACCUUCAUUUUAAUUCAGCAAUUUAUUUUUAAAAGCUAAUUCAAAUAAAAAGUAACUUGCAUAACAGUUUUUAAAAAGUAACUCAAAUAUUAUUAAUUUUUAAAGUAUUGCGUUACUUUACUCGUGACAGAGUAAAGUAAUAUUAUUACGUAACUCACGUUACUGGUAAUGUGUUAUCCCCAACACUGGUUAUAAUACAUUUACGCUCCUAGUCAAAAGUUUUUGACUUCUGUUCAGCGAGGGUGCGUUUUUUAAAUCAUGAAUACAAUAUUAUUGUGAAAUAUUAUUUAAACUUAGAACAACUGUUUUCAAUGUGAAUAUAAUUCAGAUGUAAUUUCUGCAGCGUCUCAUCAAAUUUAAGAAUUUUUUUCAAUUUGAAGAAAUAUUUCUUGAGUUGCUUUAUGUUUUUUGUCAAAACUGUGACAUAGCAACAUUUUAAAAUGUUAUAGAAUUUUUGUAUCUCAUACUGAUACUGAGACAAAAGUAUAACUCAGAACAGAAUGUUUUCAUCACUGAUAAGAUAAUUGAAUAAUUCAUACAAAUAAGCCUCUGCUCCGACAGAAAAGUUAUGCUGUCCGUGAAUUUACUGUGGACUUUUAUUCUGCCUAAAGUUAUCUGAAAACCUCGACUCGUGUGUGUUGUUCAACACACUGGCGUUGCCUUUGAACAAGAACAAAGUUGAACAGGUUUGUGUUUGUUAUUGCUUAAAGGUCAUUUAGAGGCCUUGCUGCAUCCAAAGUUAAAAAAGGAUAAACUGCUUAACUUACGAGAACAGUCCUUGCAGUUUAAACGAAUGUGUUCAGAUCAUUGCUUUCAGAGAAAUGUAUUUUACUUUUCUUCACAACACAAAUACAGCGUUUGCCAUGUCAUAGUUGCACAUUCGAGUAUGUUAAAUUAAGUUAUUUUGUAUCACUUGGCUCAAACAAAUUACAAAAUGAAUUGCUGAAUGUUACCUCAGAUGUUCGCUUUUGCAUUGACGGUCCUCCACAAACUGAUAGAACAGCGCCAUCUGGCGAAAAGGAGCCGCGCUACACAUUUCAGAACAAAGCUAAUUGCCUUAUUUUUAAUUUAUAUUUUAAUAUUUAGCGUUUUCAUAUUUGUCUUGAUUCUUUAUAGUCGAAUAUUUAUGCAUUUCUUGAACCUUUUGUACAUUUUAUAUGUAUAUUGUUUGUAUGAAUGAUCAAAGACUUCCGUUGAUUUUCAUUUUUAGAUGACAGUAUUGUGUAAACAUUACUUUGAAGAUAUAAAUCCCAGAACAACUUACAGGUGUUUGUAUGUUCAUAUUGCACACUGGCUUUAGUCCUGUUGCUGCUGCAUGUAAGGGCAAAUCUACCAUUCUGACAUCAAUAAAAUAUGACUUUUUUUAGCUA